AUGCACACUUUUCAGUAUGCAGGCCUUGUGAUCCUCACGUCGCCUAUCCCGAUCAUCCAAUCAAUCGGCCCUAUGGUCACCACCAAAGUCACGGUGGGGAGGACUCGGGUAAUGCCCUUGAUCGUAGUAACGAUCUUGGUGGGCGUCCUAGGGUGCUCGGUGAAAGUCCGGAGCACGCUGGUAGUCGCAAUAGUAAUCAUCGCAAUCUCGUGGCUGAUGCUCUACUCGCCGAUUGAGCUCCUCUCAUCAGGAAGGGUCAGCUCUAUAACUCGAAAGGUCUCUCCUAUCGUGUCCCUAGUCACGUCCAUGGGGUCGAUAGUCCUCAUAGUAGGGUCGAGGUGGUGGUGGUGGUGGGUGUGGGAGAUCAUCCUUAUGAGCAGGUGAUGUGACUCAAUUGUUGUAUAUUAAAUCAUGCAAAUAUUAAAUUUAUAAAACGAGAAAAUAUGAAUUUUUGAAUAUUUAGAAGUAUUUCUAAAUAAAUAUAUCAAUUAUAAUUCAAUAAAACUUUCAAAAAUAGUAGUAAUUUUCUAGGUCGAUCACAGAGAUGUAAUAUAAUAUCUGGUAAUUAUUCAGAAUUAUUCUCAAUGAAUAUGAUUUUCUAUGAAUUUUAUACUAAGAAAAAAAAGGAAAUAUAUUUAAAAUUCACGAAAAAAGGGAAAUAAAGGUGUAGACAUCAAGACAAUGUUAGCGCCUGGCAGACACAAAUCAGGUGAAAUAAGAGUUCCACCCGACGAUUCUUGCAUAAGCGAUUACAAAUGAUUUAAUUAAUCAAAAUAAGAUCUAUAAAAGCCAAAAGAAUCGUAAUUGAACAAAGAUAUUUUGGUAACUUAAAAAUUUAAAAAUUAUCACUAAAUGAAGUAAAUUGAAAGCAGCAAAAUAGAGUUCUGGUGUCGCAACAGCGAUGCGUCGGCGAUGCACCGAAAUCUUGAGCGUUCGGGAGGAUUGUCGUGCAGUGUCCACGGCCUCGAAGGCUCUCCUUGAACAAAGACAACGUGGGCAAUCUCUAGAUCUUCUCAUGAAGUCUAGAGAUCAAUGAAGUGCGUCGUCGAAUCGUCUCCGGUGGCUGUCACCCGGCGGAGCGGAAAAAUUGUGACUUUGCGGCUCUCUGGUGGCUGUCGCCCGAUGGAGAGGAGCUGGAUGAAGGUGGGGCACGUGUCAGGGAGUUUCAUCCUCAGGUCUACGCAGCAAGAGGAGGCUCUUCAUCACAUCUGGUAUGCUCUCAGGAGGUGGCAACUCGUCUCCCGACGGAUCAUCCUCUUCCUGACGACAGCUUGUUCAUCGAUCAAUCGGAGAUGAUUUACUCGAUAGAUUGCGAUCCUUUUAUCGCGAAUCAUUCAACAAUUUUAGUAGCAAUGCUCCGCGAAUCACGUUGACGAGAUUUUCGCCGAUGAUCCAGUGAUUCUUGUUGCUUAAUCCUUCACCAGUGAUCUACAAGAAAGUCGUGAUAAUAAGAUAAAAAUAUAUGAAUUUUGACUCUAGGAGGAUUUGAACCCUCACUGGUCGCCCGCUUCUGAGGAAGGUUUGACGCGGGUUUAGUCCCACAUUGGUUGUGCGUCGAUUUUUUGAGCGAAUAUAUAGUAAUGUUAGCUUUAUAAGCAAAGUCACUACUCUUGCAUGUACGACCACUUCUUGCCCCACAGCCGACUGGUCACUGGUGAUGUGGAAGGGGAGUGGCACACAUGUGCUCCUAUCGGUCCAAGCCAAGCCCCUCGAGCUAAGCUAGUAGGGGCACCCCUAUUGGUCCAAGCCAAGCCGCUCGAGCCCCUACUCGCGGCUACCUCCCGACUGUGCUUCUGACCUGCUUUCGACCCACUUGCGGGCCCGGCUGGCUAGUAGGUCCCCUUAUUUUGCAAUAUUUUUAUUUCUUAUUCUUCAUUUAUCUCAAAAGUAAGACUAUAAAAAUCAUACAAAAUCACAUAAUUAUCCAAAAAUUCACGUUAAUCAAUUGAACACCACAAAUCAUACUUUAACACAAAUAUAAGUCUAUUUAUCAUGAGUUAAGGUUAAAACUAUAUUAUUUACUAAUUAUUAACUCAUGAUAAUGAAAACUUAUCACACCCCCCAACUUAAAUCAUUGAUAGUCCCUUAGCAAUGGAAUUACGAAAAAAAAAAUAUACAAAUCUCAAACAUCAUAUUUCAAUACAAAAAAAAAAAUACAAUUAGAAAUGAUGCACCUUUAAAUACUUUGGAUUCUUAUAUCAAGUAUUUAAGAAUGAUGCCAAGCACUUAAAUGUUUAAACACUCCUUGGAAUAACAAUCUAGACUUCACUUCUUCUAUUCACAUCUUUAUCACUUCUUCACUAUAGAUGUAUUUACAAGAUGUUCCAAUUAUCAAUACUCAUCCAAGAAUAAUAUUGAUCUUACAUUUCCCUUUUUCUAUGACUUAAUUUUUGAAGUUUGCACUAUAUUUCUUCCUUCUUUUUUUUUUUAUAUAUAUAUAGUGGAUAAGUAGCUUUUUCUGUAGAUAAAUUUCAACAAUAAGAAUGAUGUCUCACACUCUCCGUGUGUACUCUUCAUUUUCAGGGCUUUCACUUUAUCCACUUACUUUUCAACAAGUGUUUUUCUAUGCACGAUUUUCGACAAUGAGAAUUAUGUCUCACACCCUCUAUGUGUACUCUUCAUUUCUAGAUUUUUUACAUUUCUCUCUCUUUUCUUUUCAAAAUAAGUGAUUUCUCCUCACUAGUCUUAUAGAUCAAGGUGCAAAAAUCUCCAUUAAACUCAAAUGAUCAAUCAAAUUUUCACAUCAAGUAAAUACUAUCCAUCAAGAUCAUGAAGUGAAAAUAUAUAAAAUCAAAUCUAUAUUAUCUAUCAUGUAUCCAAGGAGUAUUUCAACAUUUCAUGCUACUAGAUCAUUCUUUUGACUAAAUAAUAAUCUUCCUAGUAUCUUUUGGUAUCAAUCAAUCUAAUUGAUUUAAUUCUUCAUGCAUGCAAUAUAAUGUAAGGAAUUUGUAAAUUAGAUAGUUCUGACAAUUCUAUUUUCUAUUUUCAAUUCUAUUUUUAGCAGUAAUAAAUUUGUCAAAAAUAAAUCAAAACUAUCUUCUUUAUAGCUGUAAUUUCGAAUUUUAGUAAUAUAUAUCUAGGGGAUUGAAAUGUGAGAAAAGGUCUUCUAGAAUUUCUAAUUUCAGGCUGCUUUUGUCUGCUAUUUUUGACAGUCUGUUGUCUCUGACAAAAAACCAGAAAAUAGAUGUUGUAGUUUUUCUGAAUUUUAUUUUAUUUUUAUUUUUUUAGUUGCUGUUCUAAGUUGAAUAAAAUGUAAACACAUGUUCUUAAUCAUCUUACAGCAUAAAUUAAUAAUGAAUACUUCACCCUCCAACUUAAAAAUGACAUUGUCCUCAAUGACACAGAAAAAUCGAAACAGAAUAUGUAGAAAAUAUAAUUUUCAAGUGAAGCAUGCAUAUCUACAAAGUUAAGCAUUAAAAAUAUUUUCAUAAAUGAUGAAGCUCAGAAAGACAUCACCUCAACCUCGUUUUUAAUUUUUCACUUCAUCUUAAACUCCUCCUCCUACACUUUUUCAAAAAAAAACAAAUAUAGAAACAAGUACUACGAAAUUCUAAGGAAAACAUAAUUUAAAAAAAUCAAACAAAAUGAAAUAAAAACCAUAGGUUGUCUCUCAUGCAGCGCUGAAUUUAAUGUCUCUAGCUAGACUCUUUGAUCUUUCUCUUGAAUUUCUUUUAAUAAUAAAAUUUCUAUUUCUACAAGGCAUUCAUGUUCUAUGUAAUGUUUAAGCCGCUGUCCAUUUACCUUAAAGUUAUGAUCACUUUUAAGAUCUUUAAUCAUUACAGCCCCAUGAUCAUAUGUCUCUUCCACCACAUAAGGCCCUUUCCAUUUUGAUUUUAAUUUUCCUGGGAAUAAUUUCAGCCUAGAAUCAUAUAACCACACUUUUUCUCCAACAUCAAAUUUUUUCUACUAAUAUAUUUAUCAUGAAAAGUUUUAGUUUUUUCUUUAUAUAUUCUAUGAUUUUCAUAAGCUUCAUUCCUCAACUCCUCUAGUUCAUGUAGCUGAAAAAUUCUAUGCCCACCAGCUGAUUUUUCAUCCCUACAUAAAUUUUUUAUAGCCCAUAAUACUUUAUGCUCUAUUUCCACAGAAAGAUGACAUGGCUUUCCAAAAAUGAGACGAAAUGGGGAUAUACCUAUGAGAUUUUUAUAAGCUAUUCUAUAAGCCCAUAAUGCAUCUUGUAAUUUCAUGGGCUAAUCUUUCCUAUCUGGUCUAACUAUUUUUCUCAAAAUUCUCUGAAUUUCCCUAUUUGCUACUUCAGCUUGCCCAUUUGUUUGGGGAUGAUAUGGAGUGGCUACUCUAUGGUGUACUCCAUUCUUUUUCAAUAGUUCUCUAAAAUGUUUAUUUGUAAAAUGUGUUCCUCCAUCACUAAUAAUCACUCUAAGACAUCUAAAUCUCGAAAAAAUAUUUUAUUGCACAAAUUUCAUCACGAUUUUAUGAUCAUUAGUUCUAGUAGGAAUAGCUUCCACCCACUUCGACACAUAAUCAACAGCAAGUAAAAUAUAUUCAUAUUUUUCAGCUGAUGGGAAGGGACCCAUGAAAUCUAUUCCCCAUGCAUCAAAAAUUUCGGCUACUAACAUAUUACUCAUGGGCAUUUCAUAUUUUUUACUCAUGUUACCUAUAGAUUGGCAUGAAAUACAUGUUCUACUAAAUUCUAUAGAAUCUCUAAUGAUUGUAGGCCAAUAAAAACCACACUGAAAAAAUUUUACAGCUGUUUUUCGUCCAGAGAAAUGUCCUCCACAGUUAGAUGAAUGGCACAUGUUAAUAAUGCUAUGAUAUUCUUCUUCAAGAACACAUCUUCUUAAAAUUUGAUCAUUGCCCAAGUAAUAUAAAUCAAGAUCAUGCCAAAAAUAAUUUCUAAUCUUAGAAAGGAAAUGAUGUUUUCUGUUCUUAUCCCACUAUUCUAGAGUUUUUCCAGAAACCAGAAAAUUAACAAUAUGUGCAUACCAUGGUGAUGGUUGAUGUUGAGCUGCCAUCAAUUGUUCAUCUGGAAAUGCGUCUUGUAAAGGUGCUGCAUUUAUUCCUGUAUCACUUAAUCUAGAAAGAUAGUUAGCAACAAUAUUCUCAAAACCUUUUUUAUCUUUUAUUUCUAAGUCAAAUUCCUACAACAAUAAAAUCCAUCUUAAUAAACGUGGCUUUGCAUCUUUCUUAUUUAACAUAUAUUUUAAUGCUGCAUAAUCAGUAUAAAUAAUAAUUUUAGCUCCCAAAAUAUAUGAUCUAAACUUUUCUAACGAAAAUACUACAGCUAACAACUCUUUUUCAGUUGUGGUAUAAUUUAAUUGAGCAUCGGAUAUAGUCUUACUAGCAUAUGAAAUUACUAUGGGUUUUGACUCUUUUAUUUGUCUUAGAACGGCCUCCAUUGCAUAAUUCGAUGCAUCACAUAUUAUUUCAAAGGGAAGGGAUCAAUUACAAGCUUGUAAAAUGAGUGCCUCAGUAAGUAAUCUUUUUAUUUCGGAAAAAGACUCAAAACAUUUCUCAUCAAAAUUAAAAGGUACAUCUUUAGAUAAUAGCAUGGUGAGAGGUUUAGAAAUUUUCAAAAAAUCUUGAAUAAAUUUUCUGUAAUAACCUACAUGACCUAAGAAAGAUAUAAUCUGUUUUACUGAAUUUGGAGGUUUUAUUUUAGAUAUAAUAUCAAUUUUUGCUCUAUCUACCUCUAAACCCCUUUCACUCACAAUAUGACCCAACACAACUCCCUCUUUAACCAUAAAAUGUGAUUUCUCCCUACUCAAAACUAACUUUUUCUCUAUGUAUUUCUCAAGUACAUGCUGUAAAUGAUUUAAACAUUCAUCAAAUGAUUCACCAAAAAUAGAAAAAUCGUCUAGAAAAAUUUCCAUGCAUUUUUCAAUCAUAUCAGAAAAAAUAGACAGCAUACAUCUUUGAAAUGUGGUUGGAGCAUUACACAGACCAAAAGGCAUUUGUUUAAAAUCAAAAGUACCAAAUGGACAAGUGAAAGUUGUUUUUUCUUGAUGCAAAGGGUUUAUAUAAAUUUAAUUAUAACCAGAGUAUCCAUCCAGAAAACAAAAAAAGUUUUUUCCAACUAAUUUUUCUAGAAUUUGAUCAGUAAAUGGUAGGGGAAAAUGAUCUUUUCUAGUAACUGAAUUUAAUUUUCUAUAAUCAAUGCAAAUCCUCCAACUAGUAGUUAAUCUUGUUUGUAUUUCAUCCCCAUUUUUAUUUUUUAUAAUCAUGAUCCCUGAUUUUUUUGGCACUACUUGUGUAGGACUAACCCAUUUGCUAUCUGAAAUAGGAUAAAUAAUAUCAGCAGCUAGCCACUUUAAAAUUUAUUUUUUUAUAAUUUCCAUCAUGUUAGGAUUUAAUCUUCGUUGUGGUUCCCUACUAGUUCUAGCCCCCUCCUCUAGAUAUAUACUAUGCAUGAAUACACUCAUAGAUCGUCCAUUUUCCAGCCCAUAACCUUCUUAUUUUUUCUAAGUACAUCUAAUAAUUCUUCUUCCUAUUCAUCACUCAAAUCAGCUGCAAUAAUAAUAAGAAAUGAAUUAUUUUCCUCCAAAAACAUAUAUUUUAAACUAGAGGGAAGAGGUUUCAACUCUAAAUUUAGAUGAUCUUCCUCUUUCUUUCCUCUCAAAUUUAUAUUCUCUAUUUCCUCUAAUUCUUCUAACACACAAUCAUCAAUAACAUCUGGAUCAUCAAAAUCAUCUAGAAGAUCUAUGGUAUGACAAUCAUAUACUUGUGAUUUCUUAAGAUCAUUUAGUACCUCAAGAAUUUUAAUUUCUACUGAUUGAUCUUCACAUGAAAUUUUCACAAUACUUGUGGGAAAAUCAAUAUUCAUCUUUGCUAUAUGCAAAAAUGGUCUCCCUAUGAUGAUUGGUGUAUCAUAAAACUGUCUAUUAAAAUCCAUUUCCCGCACUACAAAAUCAGUUGGAAAUUUACACCCUUUAACUAUUACUAUCACAUUUUCUAAAAUACCUUUAGGAUGUUUUAUGAAUCUAUCAGCAAAUUAUAAGGUAAUAGUAGAAGGUUUAAGAUCAGAAAUAUUAAAUUUAUCACAAAUACUUGUAGGUAAUAAAUUAAUACUAGCAUCGAUGUCAAGUAAUACAUUCUGAAAAAUGGAACCACCAAUAUCACACAAAAUUAAAGGGUCACUUGUAUCUCUCAAUUUAUAUGGUAAUUGAUUUAAUAAUAAUGCACUAGCAUGCAUAGAUAAUUUUUCUACUCUAGGUGCCUUUUUUAGUGUACACAUUUCUUUCAAUACUCUAGCAUAUUCACAAAUAUGUUCAAUGGCAGUGAGUAAAGGAAGACUAAUUUGCACAUCUUGUAAAAAAAAAAUUAUUUCUUCAUUGUAUUCCUUUUUCUUUCUUUGUCUAGGCUCUAGAGCUUUAGGAAAUAGAAUGGUUGUCUUCUCUUUCGAAAUUUCCUUGGUAGAAUCUAUAAAAUCCUCUUCUACUCUUAUUUGAUUUUGUUUUAGGUUAUCCAUGUUUUCUUUUUCUUCUAAUAUUUGGGGAUAAGAAUCAGGUAAGAUCUUACCACUCUUUAAUGUAUUCACUGUCCUAAUAUUUUCAUUUCGUGAGUUUUUUCCUAGAUUCAUGCUACUAGACUCCCCUUGCUGAAAUCCUAUUGUUGGGUAGUUCCCUGGAUUUUUUAUGGGCUGACUAGGUAGCUGUCCCUCUUUUCUCUUAUUCCCAAGGGACUCUAUAAUUUGUUUCUAGUGCUGCAUCAUUGAUUCAUAAUUUGUUGCAUCAUUUGGCUCAUUUGCUGUAUUAUUUCCAUAGUAUCAGGUUGGGUUUCAGAGGGCUGAUUUUUCUGAAAUCUGUUUUCUUAUUUUGGACGAAAUUUAGAGUUUGAAUUGGGUCUAAGUGCUUCUGAAUUUUGAAUAUUAUUUGGGUCUCUCCAUGAAAAAUUAUUCCUCCAAUUAGGAUUAUAAGAAUUUGAAAAAGGUUCCCUAUUUCUAUUAAAACCGUGAGCUACUUGCACUUGUUCUUACAUAGGGUGAAAUGAUUGAUCUAAAUUAUAACAUUAAAAUUCAAAAUAAUCAUUUUCACCAUACAUAGGACAUGUACUAUUCAAAUUAAAUUGAGGGUUAAAAGGCUUUCUAAUAUUGUCAAUAAGUGAAUCAAUUUUUUCUAAUCUUUGAUUAAUCUGAUUAACCUCAUUUUUUAAGUUUAGAAUCAUCAUCAUGAUGUAAUUCAUAAAUUCUUCUCUUCUUAUCCCUAUCAUAUAAUUCAAAAGAGGCUUGAUCUCUAGAAUUUUCACUUAAAUUCUCAUAAAGACUGUAAAUCUCAUCAAGAGUUUUCUCCAUAAAAGCUCCUCCACAUAUAGAAUCAACCAUAUUUCUAUAUUGUUCUAAUAAUCCAUCAUAAAAAAUUAUAUUGAGCUGCCACUUGGGUAUAGCAUGAUGAAGACACUUUCUAAGUAAAUCUUUGAAUUUUUCCCAUGUCUCAUGCAAAGUUUCUCUUGGUCUUUGAGAAAAACUUCAUAUAUGUUUUCUCAUAUUUUGAGUUUUUCCUAAGGGAUAAAUUUUUCGAAGAAAGGCCUAUUCUAUAUGUUUCUAGUUAGUUAAUUCUCUAUCUAAUGUGGAUAGCCAAUGACUAGUUUUGUCCUUAAGUGUAUGAGGGAAUAAUUUCAUCUUAAUAAUUUCCAGUGUAACUUGAAAGAGAUUAACUAAAUCACAGACCAUAUGAAAUUUUUAUUUCGAAUUAGGGAGCAUUUGAAAAAUUCUUAGAUUUAUUUCGAAUUUAACAGUGGGUGCUAAUGGGACUCUAAUAUUAGAUGCUCUUUGAAAUAAAUCAGGGAUAUAAUGAUUUUUCAUGGCCAUAGGAUUGUUCUCAGUUUGACCUAUACUUCCUUCAAGAUCCAUCAAAAUUAAUUUUUCUUUUAGAUUUUUAUUUUUGAAUGAAAUAAUGAAAGGAUUUUCUAGCCUUAAAUGCAAGGAACUUCUACCAUGCAUAAAAUCAACAAAUUCUAGGGAAAAAGUUAGUAACUAUUACCCUCCUUCAAGAUUCUCCAGUUCUUGCCUUACUUCUUUUUGUUCCCUUUUUUUCAUAAAAAAUCAGCAAAAAGAAAAUAAAAUAAGAGUUAAUUUAUUUUUAUUUUUUUGUGUACUCUAAGAGAAAAACAAAAAAAUACUAAAUAUUAUGCAAUACAUCCCCAACAACGGUGCCAAAAUUUGACAUGACUCAGUCAUUGUAUAUUAAAUCACGUAAAUACAAAAUUUAUAAAACUAGAAAAUAUGAAUUUUCAGAUAUUUAAAAGUAUUUCUAAAUAAAUAUAUCAAUUAUAAUUCAAUAAAACUUUCAAAAAUAGCAGUAAUUUUCUAAGUCGAUCAUAGGGAUGUAAUAUAAUAUCUGGUAAUUAUUCAGAAUUUUUCUCAAUGAAUACGAUUUUCUAUGAAUUUCACACUAGGAAAUAAAAAGGAAAUAUAUUUAAAAUUCAUGAAAAUAGGGAAAUAAGGGUGCGGACGUCGGGAUGAUGUCAGCGCCUAGUGGAUACAAAUCGGGCGAAAACAGAGUUUCACCUAGUGAUUCUUGCGUAAGUGAUUAUUGAUGAUUUAAUUAAUCAAAUUAAGAUCUGUAAAAGUUGGAAGAAUCAUAAUUGAACAAAGUAUAUUUUGGUAACUUAAAAACACAAAAACUAUUACUAAAGAAGCGUAAAGUAAAUUGAAAGCAGGAAAAUAGAGUUCCGGCGUUGCAACGGCGAUGCAUCAGUGAUGCACCAGAAUCUUAAGCAUUUGGAAGGAUCGUCGUGCAGUGUCCAUAGCCUCAAAGGCUCUCCUUGGACAAAGACGACGUGGGCAAUCUCUAGAUCUUCUCGCGAAGUCUAGAGAUCAAUGAAGUGGGUCGUCGAAUCAUCUCCGGCGGCUAUCACCCGGCAGAGCAGAAAAAUGGCUACUUUGUGGCUCUCUAGUGAAUGUCACCCGACGGAGAGGAGUUGGAUGGAGAUGGGGCACGUGUCAGAGAGCUUCAUCCUUAGGUCUGCGCAGCAGGAGGAGGCUCUUCAUCGCAUCUGGUACGCUCUCAGGAGGUGGCGACUCGUCUCUCGGCGGAUUGUCUUGUUCCUGACGACGACUUUUUCGUCGAUCAAUUGGAGAUGAUUUACUCGAUGGAUUGCGAUCCUUUUAUCGUGAAUCAUUCAGCAGUUUUAGUAGCAAUGCUCCGCGAAUUGUGUUGACAAGAUUUUCACCGAUGAUCCAGCGAUUCUCGUCGCUUAAUCCUUCACUGACGAUCUACAAGAAAGUCGCAAUAAUCAGAUAAAAAUAUAUGAAUUUUGACUCUAGGAGGAUUCAAACCCUCGCCGGUCACCCGCCUCUGAGGAAGGUGUGACGCGGGUUUAGUCCCACAUCGGUUGUGUGCUGAUUUUUCGAGCGAAUAUAUAGUAAUGUUAGCUUUAUAAACAAAGUCAGUACUCUCGCGUGUACGACCACUCCUUGGUCCACAGUUGGCUGGCCACCGGUAACGUGGAAGGGGAGUGGCGCACACGUGCCCCUAUCGGUCCAAGCCAAGCCACUCGAGGCCCUGCUCAUGGCUACUCCCCAAUUGUGCUUCUGACCCGCUUGCGAGCCCGAUUGGCCAGCAAGUCCCCCUAUUUUCAAUAUUUUUAUUUCUUAUUCUUCUUUUAUCUCAAAAGUAAGACUGUAAAAAUCAUAUAAAAUCACAUAAUUACUCAAAAAUUCAUGUUAAUCAACUGAAAACUACAAAUCAUACUUUAACACAAAUAUAAGUCUAUUUAUCAUGAGUUAAGGCUAAAACUAUAUUAUUUACUAAUUAUUAACUCAUGAUAAUGAAGACUUAUCAGCAAGGUAGACCGACUCAUGGCGAUCAUAAGUAUCCUGUGGCCAACGAGCACCCAAUCGAUCGUGGCCAUCAUCGUGAUGAGGUGCGUCGUGACGACAAAGAUUCCCUCGAUGAUGAUCAUGAUCAAGGUACUGGUGAUCAUAUGGAUCACUAUAGGGGCUCACGGGCUGGCAAGGCUCGCGAUGCUCUUGAUAUGCUUAUGUAACAGAUGGUGUGGUCGGUGGUGCGACUGGAUAUGCGACCCGGCAAUGGAGCCAGUGGUGGUGGGCCAUGAGCUGUGGCUACAAAGGUAGCUUGCUCCAAAUGCUCAAUAGCCCGGGUCAUGCUACAAAUGACAUCAUUUAGGAGGGGACACGCUCCAUCCCUCGAAGGGUACUAGGGCGAAGGUUGCCAUUGGCCACCACUGUCAUGACCCCUAGUACUCUUCAAUGGAUAGUAAGGCGCAGAUUCCUUCCCAGCUUGACAGCUCGUAGCCGCGGGUUGUUGGGACCGUCUUGAUGCCUCUCUAGCCGACAUAGGGCUCGAAGUCUCUCGAGGUUGGGAGGGGUCUGGUACCGAAUCCGUCGGUCUCGAUGAAGAUGGUGGACUCAUGUCCACUCUAGCUACUCAGGGAGUAGCGGGAUCUGAGGCCUCGCACGAGUGUUGUGACGAUGGUGAACCUCCUCAAGCUCUGGCUGAGUGUGUCUCUACCACGGCUAGGUCCUAUGAGUGUCUAGAUGCCAAUGCAAUCCUAUAUGAAUGGUCGACUAGGGGUAUGGAAGCUCAAUGAGCGUCCUCAGGGGACCAAGGUUAGGUGGUAUCCUAACCUAGCUCUGAUACCAAUUUGAUGUAGGAUAGGGUGAGAACCUCCCUAUACCUAAUUAAUGAAACUCGAGUUUUGACAUGAGGUAGUCAGACUGAUCUAAUAAGAAUGUUUGGACCCUAGACUCUAGGUCUAACCACGUAACUUAAGCACAAGCAAACAUACCAUUAUGCAUGAUCAUCCCAAGACAACCCGAGGAAACACUCGACGAUGGUGAGUGAGAGGCCCUCUCGGUCCACAUCUAGACAAAUGCUUGAACUGUCAUCGUGAAGUAGCCUAGGGCUGUAGCUCACGAACUGUGACGAGUCUAGCACAACGUCGGAAGUCAUGAUCUGAUAACCUAUCCUAUCUUGCCUACGUGCUACUGAAGGCGGUAGAGACGAGCUGAGAAAAUCCUUUGAAAGAUAAUUAAACUUAAGUAAGAAGGGGUACGGAGCUAACCUUCAAGGCUACGUAGCCUAGUGGGUUGUGAUGGAGUGGAGAUCUGACGAAGGUAGGGACGUUCAGUGAAGAGCGAUGCUCAGCGUCGAUGGUCGGUCUUGGUCGAGAGUCACGGAAGUCGUCAUCUUAGGGUGUGGCACGGUCGGCAUGGGUGUGGGCCUGUAGAUGGGCCAAAGGGCAUGCUAGCAAGUGUGGGCCCACUGGUGGGCCAAAAGGGCACGCUAUCGGGCGUACUCAGCAAGUCACACAGCGUGCCCUAGGGCACAAGGGCAGUAGCGCUAGGUGGCCGCACAGGCCGCAAGAGCUGGUGCGCGGGGCGCACGCGGUGGCAGCACUUCGGCAAGAAGGCCAAGCGUCUGCGGCACUUCGGUAGGAAUGCCAAGUGUCAGCGGUGCUUCGACGGGAAUGCUGAGCGUCGACAUCCAGCGGGAAGGCCGAGCGUCAGUGGCGCUUCGGUAGGAAUGCCUAGCGUCAGCGGCACUUUUGGCAGGAAUGCCAAGCGUUAGUGGUUGGGGCGGAAACCUAACUGUCACUAGACGGAUCGGCCUCUCUUGCAGCGCCGGGAAGCAGAGUAGAGCGGAGACAAUCCAGCCGACAAUACUAGGGAAGGUUGAGCUCUCCUAGUCUAAGUGGCACCAGAAACGGCGCGACAGCGGUGGAGCGUCAAGAAACUCCGACAGGGUUCCUGUGCGGUGCUUGGACUAGUUCUGGCUCGUCGGCACGGCUGCAGGCUCUCUUGCGAUGUCGGUGGCAGGUCGGCGUUUUUCGACGGCAGGUUGGUGUUUUUCGGUGAACGGCCAGCGACUAGGCAGAGUGGCUGACAUGACUCAGUCAUUGUAUAUUAAAUCACGCAAAUAUAAAAUUUAUAAAACUAGAAAAUAUGAAUUUUCAGAUAUUUAGAAGUAUUUCUAAAUAAAUAUAUCAAUUAUAAUUCAAUUAAAAUUCCAAAAAUAGCGGUAAUUUUCCAGGUCGAUCACAGGGAUGUAAUAUAAUAUCUGGUAAUUAUUCAGAAUUUUUCUCAAUGAAUACGAUUUUCUUACGAAUUUUAUACUAGGAAAUAAAAAGGAAAUAUAUUUAAAAUUCACGAAAAAAAGGAAAUAAGGGUGCGGACGUUAGGAUGACGUCAGCACCCGGCGAACGCGAAUCAGGCGGAAAGACAGUUCCGCCCGGCGAUUCUUACGUAAGCGAUUACAGACGACUUAAUUAAUCAAAUUAAGAUCUGUAAAAGCUGGAAGAAUCGUAAUUGAACGAAGUAUAGUUUGGUAAAUUAAAAUCACAAAAAGUAUCACUAAAUAAAGCGGAAAUUAAAUUGAAAGCAGAAAAACAAAGUUCCAGCGUCGCGACGGCGAUGCGUCGGCGAUGCACCGGAAUCGUGAGCGUUCGGGAGGAUCGUCGUGCAGUGUCCACGGCCUCGAACGCUCUCCUUGGACAAAGACGACGUGGGCAAUCUCUAGAUCUUCUCGCGAAGUCUAGAGAUCAAUGAAGUGGGUCAUCGAAUCGUCUCCGGCGGCUGUCACCUGGCGGAGAGGAGCUGGAUGGAGGUGGGGUGCGUGUCAGGGAGCUUCAUCCUCAAGUCUGCGCAGCAAGAGGAGGCUCUUCAUCGCAUCUGGUACGCUCUCAGAAGGUGGCGACUGGUCUCUCGGCGGAUCGUCCUCUUCCCGACGACGGCUUGUUCGUCGAUCAAUCGGAGAUGAUUUACUCGAUGGAUUCACGAUCCUUUUAUCGCGAAUUGUUCAGCAAUUUUAGUAGCAAUGCUCCGCGAAUCGCGUUGACAAGAUUUUCGCCGAUGAUCCAGCGAUUCUCGUUGCUUAAUCCUUCACCGGCGAUCUGUAGGAAAGUCGCGAUAAUCAGAUAAAAAUAUAUGAAUUUUGACUCUGGGAGGAUUCGAACCCGCGCCGGUCGCCCGCCUCUUCUGAGGAAGGUGUGACGGGGGUUUAGUCCCACAUCGGUUGCGCCGAUUUUUCGGGCGAAUAUAUAGUAAUGUUAGCUUUGUUAGCAAAGUCCCUUCUCUCGUGUGUAUGACCACUCCUUGCCCCACAGCCGGCUGGCUGGCCACCGGUGACGUGGAAGGGGAGUGGCGUACGCGUGCCCUGUCGGUCUCCAAGCCAAGCCGCUCGAGUCCUUGCUCGCGGCUUACUCCCCGACUGCGCUUCCGAUCCGCUUGCAGGCCCGGUUGGCCGGCGGGUCCCCCCAUUUUUGCAAUAUUUUUAUUUUUAUUUCUUGUUCUUCAUUUAUCUCAAAAGUAAGACUGUAAAAAUCGUAUAAAAUCAUAUAAUUACCCAAAAAUUCACGUUAAUCAAUUGAAAACCAAAAAUCAUUCUUUAACACAAAUAUAAGUCUAUUUAUCAUGAGUUAAGGCUAAAACUAUAUUAUUUACUAAUUAUUAACUCAUGAUAAUGAAGACUUAUCACACCCCUGAACUUAAAUCAUUGUUAGUCCCUUAGCAAUGGAAUUACGAAAAUAAAAUUUUACAAAUCUCAAACAUCAUAUUUCAAUACAGAAAAAAAAUAUAAUUAGAAAUGAUGCACCGUUAAACACUUUGGAUUCUUAUAUCAAGUAUUUAAGAAUGAUGCCAAGCACUUAAAUGUUUAAACACUCCUUGGAAUAACAAUCUAGACUUCACUUCUUCUAUUCACAUCUUUAUCACUUCUUCACUCAUAGAUGUAUUUACAAGAUGUUCCAAUUAUCAAUACUCAUCCAAGAAUAAUAUUGAUCUUACAUUUCCCUUUUUCUAUGACUUGAUUUUUGAAGUUUGCACUAUAUUUCUUCCUUCUUUUUUUUUUUAUAUAUAUAUAGUGGAUAAGUAGCUUUUUCUGUAGAUAAAUUUCAACAAUAAGAAUGAUGUCUCACACCCUCCGUGUGUACUCUUCAUUUUCAGGGCUUUCACUUUAUCCACUUACUUUUCAACAAGUGUUUUUCUAUGCACGAUUUUCGACAAUGAGAAUGAUGUCUCACACCCUCCAUGUGUACUCUUCAUUUCUAGAUUUUUCACAUUGCUCUCUCUUUUUUUUUUUUUUUUCAAAAUAAGUGAUUUCUCCUCACAAGUCCUAUAGAUCAGGGUGCAAAAAUCUCCAUUAAACUCAAAUGAUCAAUCAAAUUUUCACAUCAAGUAAAUACUAUCCAUCAAGAUCAUGAAGUGAAAAUCUGCAAAAUCAAAUCCCUAUUAUCUAUCAUGUAUCCAAGGAGUAUUCCAACAUUUUAUGCUACUAGAUCAUUCUUUUGACUCAAUAAUAAUCUUCCUAGUAUCUUUUGGUAUCAAUCAAUCUAAUUGAUUUAAUUUUUAAUGCAUGUAUAAUGAUGUAAGGAAUUUGUAAAUUAGAUAGUUCUGACAAUUCCGUUUUCUGUUUUCAGUUCUAUUUUUAGUAGAAAUAAAUUUGUCAAAAAUAAAUCAAAACUAUCUUCUUUAUAGCUGUAAUUUCGAAUUUCAGUAAUAUAUAUCUAGGGGAUUGAAAUGUGAGAAAAGGUCUUCUAGAAUUUCAAAUUUCGGGCUGUUUUUUGUCUGCUGUUUCUAACAUUCUGUUGUUUCUGACAGAAAACCAGAAAAUAGAUGUCGCAAUUUUUCCGAAUUUUAUUUUAUUUUUAUUUUUUUAGUUACUGUUCUAAGUUGAAUAAAAUUCAAACACAUGUUCUUAAUCGUCCUAAAGCAUAAAUUAAUAAUGAAUACUUCACCCCCCAACUUAAAAAUGACAUUGACCUCAAUGACACAAAAAACUCGAAACAGAAUAUGCAGAAAAUAUAAUUUUCAAGUGAAGCAUGCAUAUCUGCAAAGUUAAGCAUUAAAAAUAUUUUCAUAAAUGAUGAAGCUCAGAAAGACAUCACCUCAACCUCGUUUUUAAUUUUCCACUUCAUCUUACACUCCUCCUGCACUUUUUCAACAGAAAAACAAAUACAGAAACAAGUACUGAGAAAUUCUAAGAAAAAUAGAGCUUAAAAAAAAAUCAAACAGAAUGAAAUAAAAACCAUGGGUUGCCUCUCAUGCAGCGCUGAAUUUAAUGUCUCCAGCUGCACAGCUCUUAUAUCAUAUAAGAUGAUCUAUGGCCAUCAAAAUAUAUUUGUAUCCCAAGGUAAGUUUUAUGAUAUUCUUUUUCAGAUUUAGCAUAAAUUCAUAUACUUCAUAUAUAUACCUUGACAUACUUUCAGCCAAAACAAAAUGGAAAUUAACAAUUUUUUCCCAAAAAUAAUAUCUCCAUUUUGAAAAGAAUCUUUCCUUAUUUCUAUCUUGUUUUGUUAGGCUUUCAUUCAUUAAUAAAUACUUUCUAUUAAUAAACCAUAAAAUGUGAUCAGGCCAUAUAAUUUUCAGAUUAGCUCUUGCCCAAUCUAAAAUUUUUUCAUCUAAAUUGGUAUCUCUAAUUCUUCCACUCACCCAUUUCUUAAUGUCUUCUUUUAUCUGCAUAAUCUUCCCCUGCUCCAUUUUAUCUUCCAUACAUAUUUGUUCAAUUUGUGAGGAGUGAAAUAUUUCAAGCUUAGAAAUAAUUCUAAUGGGCUGUGGGUUUUGAAGGAUGGAAGGAUUGUCUUCUUUAAUCUCAGAUCUAAUGAAUUCAGUAAAAUUCAAAUUUUCUCCUCCAAAAUUAUCUCUAUAUUCACAUAGAAUAUAGAGAAGAUUAUCUCUAUGUCCCACUCGCCAUCAAGUCCACUCCCCCCAUUUUACCACCUGAUUGGCAUGAGCGAGUCAAGGAGAUUCUUCGAGAGGUAAUUGACUUUAUAGGGGAUAGAGUUUCACAAAGAGUCCUAGUACAUUGGUAGGCUCGCCCAUAGAAGGACGAUGCUUGGAUUUUGGAGGCAGACCUAGAGUGACUAGAACCAGACCUACUAGAGCCCUGACGUGACUCAGUCGUUGUAUAUUAAAUCACGCAAAUUUAAAAUUUAUAAAACUAGAAAAUACGAAUUUUCGGAUAUUUAGAAGUAUUUAAAAAUAAAUAUAUCAAUUAUAAUUCAAUACAAAUCCCAAAAAUAGUGGUAAUUUUCCAGGUCAAUCACAGGGAUGUAAUAUAAUAUCUGGUAAUUAUUCAGAAUUUUUCUCAAUGAGUACGAUUUUCUUACGAAUUUUAUACUAGGAAAUAAAAAAGAAAUAUAUUUAAAAUUCACCAAAAAAAAAAGAGGAAAUAAGGGUGCGGACGUCAGGAUGACGUCAGCGCCCAGCGAACGCGAAUCAGGCGGAAACAGAGUUCUGCCCGACGAUUCUUACGUAGGCGAUUACAGACGACUCAAUUUAUCAAAUUAAGAUCUGUAAAAGCCGGAAGAAUCGUAGUUGAACGAAGUAUAGUUUGGUAAAUAAAAAUCAACAAAGUAUCACUAAAUGAAGCGUAAAUUAAAUUGAAAGCAGGAAAACAAAGUUCCGGCGUCGCGACGGCAAUGCGUCGGCGAUGCACCGGAAUCCUGAGCGUUCGGGAGGAUCGUCGUGCAGUGUCCACGGCCUCGAAGGCUCUCCUUGGACAAAGACGACGUGGGCAAUCUCUAGAUAAAGCAGGAAAAUAGAGUUCCGGCGUCGCGACGGCGACGCGUCGGCGAUGCACCGGAAUCCUGAGCGUUCGGGAGGGUCGUCGUGCAGUGUCCACGGCCUCGAAGGCUCUCCUUGGACAAAGACGACGUGGGCAGUCUCUAGAUCUUCUCGCGAAGUCUAGAGACCAAUGAAGUGGGUCGUCGAAUCGUCUCCGGCGGCUGUCACCCGGCGGAGCGGAAAAACGGCGACUUUGCGGCUCUCCGGCGGCUGUCACCCGGCGGAGAGGGGCUGGAUGGAGGUGAGGCGCGUGUUAGGGAGCUUCAUCCUCAGGUCCGCGCAGCAAGAGGAGGCUCUUCAUCGCAUCUGGUACGCUCUCAGGAGGUGGCGACUGGUCUCCCGGCGGAUCGUCCUCUUCCCGACGACGGCUUGUUCGUCGAUCAAUCGGAGAUGAUUUACUCGAUGGAUUGCGAUCCUUUUAUCGCGAAUCGUUCAGAAGUUUUAGUAGCAAUGCUCCGCGAAUCGCGUUGACGAGAUUUUCGCCGAUGAUCCAGCGAUUCCGGUUGCUUAAUCCUUCACCGGCGAUCUGCAGGAAAGUCGCGAUAAUCAGUUAAAAAUAUAUGAAUUUUGACUCUGGGAGGAUUCGAACCCGCGGCGGUCGCCCCCUGAACAAGGUGGAUUUAGUCCCACAUCGGUUGUGCGCGGAUUAUUCGGGCAAAUAUAUAGUAAAGUUAGCUUUCUAGGCAAAGUCCUCUCGCGUGUGUGACCACUCCUUGCCCCACAGCCGGCUGACCACCGGUGACGUGGAAGGGGAGUGGCGCACACGUGCCCCUAUCGAUCCAAGCAAGCCGCUCAAGCCCCUGCUCACGGCUACUCCCCGACUGCGCUUCCGACCCGCUUGCGGGCCCGGCUGGCCGGCGGAUCCCCCCAUUUUGUAAUAUUUUUAUUUUUAUUUCUUGUUCUUCAUUUAUCUCAAAACUAAGACUGUAAAAAUCGUAUAAAAUCACAUAAUUACCCAAAAAUUCACGUUAAUCAACUGAAAACCACUUUUCAUGCUUUAACACAAAUAUAAGUCUAUUUAUCAUGAGUUAAGGCUAAAACUAUAUUAUUUACUAAUUAUUAACUCAUGAUAAUGAAGACUUAUCAAGCCCCUACCUUCCCCACUUGCUAACUCGUCGGAGUCAAGUUCUUUCGACCCCGAGAGGAUUAAUGGUGAGCAGGACUUGUCUCCAUCAACUCAAGAGACAUUGAUAGUCUGAGUUCAGCCCAAUCAAAGUGGGAAGACGAAGGAGGCUGGCUUUCGCUACACGGCCUAGCCCUUCGGGACAACGACAUUCCACUUGCACAAUGACGAUGAGCUCGAGCUCACCCUUAUCUUUCUUUGUGUUUUCACGUGA